AUGGCCGGGCAGGGGCUGGCGGCGGGCUUCUUGCAGGUGCCCGCGGUGACGCGCGCCUACACCACGGCCUGCGUCCUGACCACCGCCGCAGUGCAGCUGGAACUCCUCAGCCCCUUCCAGCUCUACUUCAACCCGCACCUGGUGUUCCGGAAGUUCCAGGUCUGGAGGCUCAUCACGACAUUCCUCUUUUUCGGGCCCCUGGGAUUCGGCUUCUUCUUCAACAUGCUCUUCGUGUUCCGCUACUGCCGCAUGCUGGAGGAGGGUUCCUUCCGCGGUCGCAAGGCCGACUUCGUUUUCAUGUUUCUCUUUGGUGGUGUUCUUAUGACUCUGCUGGGAUUCCUGGGCAGCCUCUUUUUCCUGGGACAGGCCCUCAUGGCCAUGCUGGUCUAUGUAUGGAGCCGGCGCAGCCCUCAGGUGAGGGUCAACUUCUUCGGCUUACUCAACUUCCAGGCGCCAUUCCUGCCCUGGGCCCUCAUGGGCUUCUCCAUGCUGCUGGGCAACUCCGUCCUCACAGACCUGCUAGGGAUUGUUGUGGGCCACAUCUACUACUUCCUAGAAGAUGUCUUUCCCAACCAGCCUGGAGGCAAGAGACUGCUGCUGACCCCAGGCUUCCUGAAACUACUACUAGACGACCCUCAAGAGGACCCCAAUUACCUGCCCCUUCCAGAAGAGCAACCAGAGCCCUAACUGCAGCCCCUGGAGCAGUAAACCCACUUGGCAGCGUGGUAGGACAUGGGGCCCAGGCCCAGAGAGGGUGAAGAUUGUCUGCAGAUGCCCAGCAGAGCUUCGGACUAACUACAGACCCACAGUUCCCAUCCUCAUGCUGCCAGUGCCUUGAUGGAGCACCAGGAACAAGUCUUAAACACCCAGGAUCAUGCCCAGUCUCCAGGUAUCCUGCCUGGGGUGUCUGUGGGCUGAUGUCCAUUCUCCUAGCCUCUCUGUCCUCAUUUAAAGCAAGCAAGUCUUCACGUUCUUCUCCGGCUGGUGACCCAGCAGAGAACAAGUUUGGUCCUUUGCCACUCUAGUGAGCCUGGGACCUGGAACUCCAUUGUAGCAGCACCCUGUGUAGAGCAGAGGUAGUUCUGAGAUGUUCUGUUUACUGAAGGCCUGCGAGUCCUUCCUACCCUCCUCACCUCCUCUCAACUCAGGGUGUCGAUGUGGCCAGUUUUCCUUGUGCUCCAUUGGGGCUUACUCCUGGAUACCCAAGAGCAUGGGAAUUCCCCAAACCACUGUUUGUUAUUUCUAUGGUCCAAAAAUGUUUUCUAUCAAGUCUGA